AUGAAACCCACCCCAACCCUCCUCGGCCGCCGCUCCGCCGGCCAACGCAUCCGCUUCACAACCAAAGAAGUCGGCCGCGGCUUCUACCGGGGCACGCGCACCGGCAGCAUGGGCGCCCACACCCCUCACGGCGGCUACCUGAUCGACUGGCGCAAGGUCCGCCACUUCAACGUCCCCGACCUAAAAGGCUUUACGCUCACGCCCUACGUCUCCAAAGAAAUCGAGGUUCCGGAGAAGAAAUACACUAAGCGGAUCAACGACGGCAUGAGUUAUCUGCGGUUGUGGCGGGAGAGGAAUGAGACGGAGUAUGAGUGGAUUAGGAACCAUCAGUUGGGGGUUGUGAGUGAGGAGGAGGCGGAGGCGAGGAGGAUCGAGGAGGCCAACGCAGCAGCCAGCAACGAGGCGGCAAGCAGCCAAGAAGGCGGACAGAAGGAGAUGAGCAGGGCUUGA